AUGCAUAGUGCGUGUGCGAAAGGAGGGAAGAUGGUCGAGAGUGAUGAGCAACCAGCCCAACGGGGUAGAGGUGGUGGUGGUGGUGGCGCAGCGAUGGCCGCACUACAUCAAUGCGAACUCAUCCAGAAUAUGAUUGAUAUCUCCAUCUCCAGUUUGCAGGGACUACGGACCAAAUGCGCCGCGUCCAACGACCUUACGCAGCAGGAAAUACGCACUUUAGAGGUGAAGCUGAUGAAAUACAUCUGUAAACAGCUGCAGUGUAAGCAGAAAGUCCCAGAGGCCGAGAGACCAGAGGCGCUGGGCUGUUACCCUCACUUACGAGACUGGCUUCGUACCAUCAACCUGCGACCAGAACUCAUUCAGGCUAUAGAAGCAGAAUUGUCUCUGGAUGCCUUACUGCAGAUGACUGGUGCACAGCUGAGGGACACCAUGCGGAGACUCGACUCCAGCUCAGAAGAAUGUGCGAGACUCAUUGCUGCCCUCUCCUGUCUAAAGAGCGCCACUGAAUCAGGAGGUGAAUUCAGGGAUGAUGGCAGUCCAUGGUUGUCAGAGCCCACCAGACGAGACAGUGGCUCCUUACUGACUUCGGACCAGCUGUCCAACAUGGCGAUGUCUUCUCGAUAUCACGGCCACUCCCCUCUGGCGCGCCCCUCCGCAGUCCAGUCCAUGCCCUCCACACCUUGCGCCGUCUUCCCUCACCCACGUUCCAGCUCUGUGUCCGCCACGCCUGAUGCGCACACGCCGCUCCUGCACGGAGACAGCCCCCUCACAGACCCUUUCCCCAUGUCUCUCACACACGCUGCUAGACUGUACGGGCGUACUUCCACACCGCCAAUCACGCCACCGUCAAAAAGGCGGCACAGACUGAAGCCACCGUGCACGCCCCCUCCUCCAUCCCGAAGAGUGACACAUCUGCUGCCCAACAUCACUCUGACACGCAGCAAGAGCCACGAGUCGCAACUGGGCAACCGCAUCGAAGAGCCACCAGCAAACAAGUGUGUGAAAAAGAACAAGUUAAUUCUGAAUAUGCAAGUGAAUGGGAACGGCUGUGAGGACUCACCUUCUCGAUACCCAGCUGUGACCGCCCGGACCCCAGGGGCCACCCCAGUGAACCAAGCACCUUACACCCCCUCAGGCACACCCACACUUCUAGAAGAGCACAGCAUCAUCAAGAAUAAUGUAACAAUGCAUCGCAGUUCUCCACAAGCAGUGAGAAGAGACAUAGGUCUUGCUGUCACUCACAGGUUUUCUACAAAGUCAUGGUUGUCACAGACUUGUCAAGUGUGUCAGAAGAAUAUGAUGUUUGGUGUCAAAUGUAAACACUGUCGAUUCAAGUGCCACAACAAAUGUACAAAGGAAGCACCCUCCUGUAGAAUUUCCUUUCUACCAAUCGCCAAAAUUAGAAGGACCGGGUCAGUUCCUUCUGAUAUCAAUAAUCCAGUGGACAGACCCUCCGAAGCACCCCAGUUUGGGACGCUACCUAAGGCAAUCACCAAAAAGGACCACCCACCAGUGAUGAACCAGCUUGACUCCAGCAGUAACCCGUCCUCCACAACAUCGUCUACUCCGUCAUCACCGGCUCCUUUCCAGCAGAGCAACCCGCCCAGUGCCACCCCCCCGCCCAACCCCUCUCCCAAAGGCCACCGAGACAACCGAUUCCACUUUCCGGCUGCCUGUUACUUUCAGCAUAGACAACAGUUUAUCUUUCCUGACGUUUCAAGCCCCACUGCAAUGCAUACCGACAUCAUCCAAGACAGAGAAAACGAGCAGUCGGGAGAGGACAUACAGUCUGAUUUGGUAGAGGAUGAAGAUGAAGAGGAAGCAGAGGAAGAGAUUGAGGUAGAAGAUGAAGAGCCAGAUGAAGAAGAGGAGAAUGGGGAGGAGACCCAUGAGGAAGAAGAAGAAGAGGAGUACGAUGACGCAGAAGACAUGAGGAUGAGCGUGGAUUCAGACGGAGACUGUGAAGCAGAUGAACUGGAGGAUUUACCCAACUCUCAGGGAAACCAUUGGAAAGGGCCCAUCUCCAGAAAGCCCAGUCAGACCAGUGUGUACCUGCAGGAGUGGAACAUACCUUUUGAGCAGCUCGAGCUGGGAGAACUCAUUGGGAAGGGGCGCUGGGGCCGAGUGCACAAAGGUCGGUGGCACGGGGAAGUGGCAAUCCGACUUUUAGAGAUUGAUGGGAACAACCAGGACCAUCUGAAACUGUUUAAGAAGGAGGUGAUGAACUACAGGCAGACCAGGCACGAGAAUGUGGUGCUGUUCAUGGGGGCGUGCAUGGCCCCUCCACACCUGGCCAUUAUCACAAGUUUCUGCAAAGGGAGAACAUUGUUUUCAGUCGCUGUGGAGGAGCUACUGGAGUCCUUGGAUUUGGAGAAGAGCAGCUACCACAUGGGUUUGAGCAGAUUGUUCUUCAGAGCUGGCACCCUGGCUAAACUGGAGGAGCAGCGGGAUGAGCAAACGAAGCGUAAUAUAAUCCUUUUCCAAGCUGCCUCCAGAGGAUACCUGGCACGACAAGCCUUCAAGAAAAGAAAGAUACAGGACAUGGCCAUCCGCUGCAUCCAGAAGAACAUAACCAAGAACCAUGGAGUGAAAGACUGGCCCUGGUGGAAGCUCUUCACCACGGUGCAGCCUCUGAUUAAAGUCCAGCUGACUGAGGAGCAGAUGAAAGGCAAAGAUGAGGAAAUCCAACAGAUGAAAGCAAAGCUAGAGAGAGUAGAAAAAGAGAGGAACGAGUUGAGACUAAACACAGAUCGAUUGGAGACCAGGAUUUCUGACCUGGUCGCAGAUUUGGCUGAUGAGAGGAGCACAAGUGAGUCCGCUUCUCAAAUGCUGGAGGCCGAGACCUCAGAGAGACUUCGACUGGAAAAGGACCUCAAGGAUCUGCAGGCUAAAUCUGAGGCAAUGAAGAAGCAAAUGGAAGCCCAGGAGAUGGAGGUGAUGGAGGCACGGCUCAUGAAAACUGCAGACUUAAAUGGAGAGCUUGACGAUGAUGAUUCUGGCGGUGAGUGGCGGAUCAAAUACAACCGAGCCAUUCGUGAAAUGGAGUUUGUCAAAAAGAAACUCCAACAAGAGUUUGAAGACAAGUUGGACACAGAGCAGCAGAGCAAAAAACAGCUGGAGCGAAAGGUGGCUGAUUUGCAGACAGACCAUGAGGAUGUGCAGCGCUCUGUUCAGCAGCUGAAAAAGAAAUGCCAGAAACUGACGGCUGAACUGCAGGACACCAAGCUCCACCUGGAGGGCCUGCAGAGCCGCAACCACGAUCUGGAGAAGAAACAGCGCAAAUUUGACCUGGAGCAGAACCAGACUCAGGCCGACAUACAGAGAGAGCGGGGCCAGAGGGAAAAACUGGCCCGCGAGAAAGACAUCUUGACUGCUGAGAUGUUUAACCUCCGCCAGCAGCUGCAGGACAAGGACGAAGAACUAAACGCAGCAAAUGUGAAAGUGCAGCAGCUGGACGUCGAGCUACAAGAAAUUUCCUCCCAGGAGUCCAAGGAUGAAGCCUCGUUGGCCAAAGUCAAGAAGCAGCUCCGCGACCUGGAGGCCAAGGUGAAAGACCAGGAGGAGGAGCUCGACGAACAAGCUGGGACCAUACAGAUGCUGGAGCAGGCUAAACUACGCCUGGAGAUGGAGAUGGAAAGGCAGCGGCAGACCCACUCCAAAGAUAUCGACAGCAAAGAUGAAGAAGUGGAUGAGAUCAGGCGUUCCUGUAGUAAGAAGCUGAAACAGAUGGAGGUGCAGUUGGAGGAGGAGUAUGAAGAUAAACAGAAAGUGCUACGUGAAAAGCGAGAUCUGGAAUCCAAGCUGGUGAAUGCCCAAGACCAGGUAAGCCAGAGGGACGUGGAGACGGAGAAGAGGUUGAGGAAGGACCUGAAGAGAACUAAGGUCCUGCUGGCAGACGCACAGAUCAUGCUGGACCACCUGAAAAGUAAUGCCCCCAGCAAACGGGAAAUCGCACAGCUCAAAAACCAACUGGAGGAGUCCGAGUUCACCUGUGCCGCAGCUGUGAAGGCCCGGAAAUGUAUGGAGCUGGAAAUAGAAGACCUGCACAUCCAAAUAGAGGACAUUGCAAAAACAAAGCUAUCUUUGGAGGAACAGGUCAGCCGACUGCAGAGAGAAAAGAACGAUCUCCAGUCCAGAAUGGAGGAGGACCAGGAAGACUUGAAUGAACUGAUGAAGAAGCACAAGGCGGCAGUUGCACAGUCUGCCAGGGACUUGAACCAGAUCAGCGACCUGCAGUCUCAGCUGGAAGAAGCCACAAAGGAGAAGCAGGAGAUCCAAGAAAAGGUCCAUUCUCUGCAGAGUCAGCUUGAAUUCCAGGAGCAGUCGAUGGUGGAGAAGUCUCUGGUCAGCCGGCAGGAGGCAAAGAUCCGAGAGCUGGAGACCAAAGUGGAGUAUGAGAGGACCCAGAUCAAACGAUUGGAGAGUCUAGUGACACGUCUCAAAGAAAAUUUGGAGAAGAUGACGGAGGAGAGGAACCAGCGCAUCGCCGCAGAGAACCGUGAGAAAGAGCAGAAUAAGAGAGUCCUGAGGCAGAUAAGGGACAUGAAGGAGGAGAUGAGCGAGCUGUCCAAGAAGGAGGCAGAGGCCAGCCGCAAAAAGCAUGAACUGGAAAUGGACAUAGAAAGUCUGGAAGCAGCAAACCAGAGCCUUCAAAUGGAUCUGAAACUGGCCUUUAAGAGGAUUGGUGACCUGCAGGCGGCCAUUGAAGAUGAGAUGGAAAGUAACGACAAUGACGAUCUUAUCAACAGUUUGCAAGAUAUGGUGACAAAAUACCAGAAACGAAAGAACAAAACUGGUGACGACACAGACACAGAUUCGGAGGUGGAGGAUCGUGUGGAUGGAGUUAAGUCUUGGCUUUCGAAGAACAAAGGCACGACAAAAGCUCAGUCAGAAGAAGGGAGUCUGAAGAGCACCAGAUAUGCAGCAAAUGCAGACGUUGCUGAUGUAAAAGAAGGUAAGGACAAACCCAUAGAGGGAAGUAAAGAAGGAAAAGAAGUGGAACCAGCCCGAUCAAUAUCUGUCAUGAGUUCACUAAGCUACAGGAAACGCUCCAAUCUCAAGGACUCCAUAGGGGGUACCGGUGAUGAGAGCUCACUCUUCAGCACUCUGAAAGAACAGAUGGACACGACAGACCACGCCUCUAUUCGCAAAGCCAAGUCUAAAUCUGGAGACCUCCAGGACGAAUGGAAAAAGAGCCAUGCUUCUGACGACCUGGACGACAAAGGCUCAGUCAUCUCCAUGGCUUAUUCUGAAGCUACAAGUCGAGCCAGGAAAAGUUUCGAUUCCCGCUGGACUUCCAAAAGUAGCCCUGAGUAUGACAAGGAGUCUGUGGUCUCCUCUGUUCGCCUUUCCACCAGGAGGGGAAUGUUGGAUAUGGAUGAUGAUGACAACAAGUCCACCAUCAGCAGCGUAAGCCGCACAAGUCCUCGCUCCGUCCACCGCAGCUCCUCUUGGAAGGACGAGAGACGCAGCAGCUCUCGUCUGUCUGUUGCGCGUAGCUGUGGCCUUAGUGAGUUUGGCCUCCACGUUGACGACGCCGAUGAUAGUCAUAGUGUUGCAUUCACAGAAGGAGGCACAUCAGCUUAUAGCCCACGCUCUCUUAGCAGAAGUUUCUCCAAUCCAGGUCAAUCUUCCACGACUGACAGGGCUGUAUCAGAGUUGUCCGACAUCAAAACUGUCUCUCAUCGCAACUAUUUGGACCCUGAUUUGGAAGCUGCAAUCAAUGAAGUACUGAGUUUCAAGCCUAUAAAAUUCAAACGCAGCAAACUUGAAGAAUCUAGUGAAGAGGAAGAUGUGGAAAAGAAAAGGGAAGAGAAUCGAAAGAAAGAUGAUGAAGGGUUAGGCACCUCUAGCUCGACUUUGGACUACAGAACCCGUUCGUCAAGCACGAUGAGCACUAGCAGCUCCAAGAGUCGCAAAGAAAAAAAAUCCAAAGUGUCUUUGUCGGAUGAUUCUUCCUCAGAUGAGAGACACAGUAGAAAGGGAUACAGAGGGAAAAAAGGCAAGAAAUCUAAGAAGAGAGGAAAGAAGAAAGUUAGCGAGUCAGAAUCUUCAUCUUCAUCGUCCGAGUCUUCGUCGGAGUCCUCUUCUGGGUCCACCACCUCUCGUCGUAGCUCCAAUAGUGUGAAAAGAGCCCCAGUCAAAGUAUCUGAUGACGACGACGAACCGACAAAUACAGAACAUCUCCAGGGACAUAAGCAUGCAAGCUCCCCUGUGUGUCAGAGCAACCCGGUUUUGGGCAGAUCUGAUGAGGAAGACAAGGUGGACAAAGACUCCAGCAGGCAGCCCCCGAGGCACAGCAACACCACACACCAAACUGAGGUCACAUAA